AUGGAGGCAGAGGGAAAAGUUGCAAAACUACCGUAUCCAAAAUCGGUUGCGUUCAUUGUCACGAAUGAGUUCUGCGAGAGAUUCUCCUACUAUGGCAUGCGAACUAUCCUUUCUUUGUACCUCCGUGACAAAUUGGGGUAUACUGACAACGGAGCGACGGUCAUCUACCAUGUGUUCACGAUGUUUGCGUAUUUCUUCCCGUUACUUGGAGCCAUGAUCGCUGACAGCUGGUUGGGAAGAUUCAGAACGAUUUUCUACCUGUCAUUGGUUUAUGCUGCGGGAAGUAUCCUAAUAUCUCUAACCGCUAUACCACCUUUAGGGCUGCCACAAAUGGAAAUCACUAUUAUGGCACUCCUGUUGGUUGCCUUCGGUACUGGUGGAAUUAAGCCCUGCGUCUCCGCUUUCGGUGGGGACCAGUUCAAACUACCAGAACAAGAGAGAUACUUGGGAUACUUCUUCUCUCUCUUCUACUUCUCGAUCAAUGCUGGAAGUCUUAUAUCGACUUUCUUGACACCGAUUCUGAGGGCUGAUGUCCACUGCUUUGGAGAUCAGGACUGUUACUCGCUGGCCUUCGGUGUACCUGGAAUUCUUAUGAUCGUGUCUAUAAUCUUCUUCGUCGCCGGGAAGAGACUAUAUAUUAUUAAGAAGCCCUCUGGAAACAUUAUUGGAAAAGUCUUUACCUGCAUUGGACACGCCAUAGUCAGAUCGGUGAAGAGUCGCAACAAGAGGGAACACUGGUUAGACCAUGCUGAUGAUAAAUAUGACACGAGCCUUAUUGAAGAUGUCAAGUCUUUGUUAAGAGUACUAGUUCUCUUUAUCCCGCUUCCUGUCUUCUGGGCCUUGUUCGAUCAGCAGGGUUCCAGGUGGACCUUCCAGGCUGAUAGAAUGGAACAAGACUUAGGUAGCUGGACUUUGAAGGCUGAUCAAAUGCAAGUACUUAAUCCGCUGUUGAUCCUCAUAUUCAUUCCGCUGUUCGAAGUUGCCAUUUACCCAUUCUUGACCUGGUGCAGAGUGAUAAGGAAACCUUUGCACAAAAUGAUUUGGGGAGGGGUUCUAGCGGCGUUGGCUUUUGUUAUCUCUGGCGUUGUCGAACUUAAUCUUUUGCCAACAUAUGGAACACCUGUGGCUCCCGGCUUAGCUCAACUGAGAGUGUACAAUGGCUUCAACUGCAAUUUCACAUUGAACAUACCGAAUCAACCAGGCGAAAACAACACGGAAAACUUCGUAAUUGGACCUCUUGGUGUUUUCGAAAAAUUGGACGUUCAGGCUAAAGAUUUCGUCGAGUUCCCAUACUCUCUCAGUGGACAGGGUAACAGUGCUUGCGCCAAUAAAUUAUAUAAUGGCAACUUUCCACUCACGGAGAAAACAGCUAACUCAUUCUUCAUAACCAAUGAAACAGUUUACAGUUUCGCUGAUAACAAUGAUAAGGCGAUUGGAGGUGCUAAUGUUAGAUUCUUGUCGAACAUAAAUGAAAUCGUGCCAAUCAGAAUAGUGAAUGAAAAGAAUAGGACUAUACUGAAUCUAUUAAGUGAUGAUAUGACUCAGAAAGCAUUAGAUAAAGGGACUUAUGACAUAGUUAUUAACGAAGUGGUGGUUAUGAAGGAUGUGAAACUUCAACCCGGCGCUGUCUACACAAUUAACGUUUUCGAAGAGGCAGGAACUUAUGUGGCAAAUAUAGUGACGAUAACACCACCAAACAGUGUCCACAUUCUAUGGCUGGUACCACAGUAUGUAGUGAUGACUAUGGGUGAAGUUAUGUUCUCUGUCACUGGUCUUGAAUUUUCCUUCACACAAGCCCCGGCGAGCAUGAAGUCCGUCCUACAAUCUAUUUGGUUGCUCACUGUUGCGUUCGGAAACUUGAUCGUAAUUUUAAUUGUCCAAGGAAAUGUUAUGGACGCACAGUGGAAAGAAUUCUUCCUUUUCGCGGGGUUGAUGUUAGCAGACAUGCUAAUAUUCACAGUUAUGGCUUUGAGGUACAAGUACGCCGAGGUGAAGUCAAGCACGGAACAACUUCCAGUAGAAGAAUUGAGGAAACCAGAAAAAGAACAAUAA